AAGGUAACAAGACUUAUUAUUACAGGUUGACAAGGGAAACCGGAGAAGUGCAAAAUGGAUGUCGUAAAAAAUAUUCUCGGAGGAUUGCAAUCGGGAACGAUCGCAUCGGUGCUUUCGGCGUUCUUGAGCAUGUCGUUAUAUGUCACGUACUUGUUUGUUAAUUACUCCGCGACGAAUGUUCCUUCUAAAUUAUUAAUGCCGUCUUACGAUUUCAUAAUUGUAGGUGGCGGUACUGCGGGAACUGUCUUGGCGAAUCGCUUGUCCGAGAUAGAAGACUGGAACGUACUCCUUUUGGAAGCAGGUGGCGAUGGAAGCGUUAUAUAUGAUAUUCCUCUUCUUGCCGCCAAUCUGCAGCUCACCGAGAUCGACUGGAAAUACACGACCGAACCCAGUCCAAAUUACUGUAGAGGUAUCAAAUAAUAUCAAAUAAUAUUAAUGUAUGCAUAACUUUACAUACUAAUAAAUAUUAAUAUCAGAAUUACCCA